AGCCGGACCGUUUAUUCAGGGCGCGCCGGCCGCCGGAGGCGGGGGACCGGGAAGUCAUCAUGUCGAGUCUGCACAAGAGCAGGAUUGCAGAAUUUCAGGAUGUCCUUGGGGAACCCGAGAUUGUUCUGCAGAAGCUCCGUGAACUCUGCUUUAGUGGGAUUCCUUUUGAUGGUGGGCUGCGCUGCCUCUGCUGGAAGAUCCUCUUGAACUACCUCCCUGUGGAGAAGGCCUUAUGGAGCACCUUGCUGAAGAAGCAGAGGGAGCUGUAUUCCCAAUUCCUGAAGGAAAUGAUUAUUCAGCCUGGGAUAGCGAAAGCCAACCUUGGUGUCUCCAGGGAGGAUGUGACCUUAGAGGACCAUCCACUCAAUCCGAACCCAGACAGCCGAUGGAACACUUACUUCAAGGACAACGAAGUGCUGCUGCAGAUAGACAAGGAUGUCAGGAGGCUGUACCCUGAUAUGGCAUUCUUCCAGCGCCCAACUGACUACCCUUGCUUGCUAAUCCUGGACCCCCAGAAUGAGUUUGAGACUCUCCGCAAGCGGGUGGAACAGACGACACUCAAGUCACAGACAGUGGCACGAAAUCGGAGUGGAGUCACAAAUGUGAGUUCCCCUCUUAAAACAUCUGCUCCGAAUUCAUUGAAUGAGUAUGAAGUUCUGCCUAAUGGCUGCGAAGCUCACUGGGAAGUGGUAGAACGAAUCCUGUUCAUCUACGCCAAGCUGAAUCCUGGGAUCGCAUAUGUCCAGGGGAUGAAUGAAAUAGUGGGGCCUCUUUACUAUACCUUUGCUACAGAUCCCAACAGUGACUGGAAAGAACAUGCAGAAGCAGAUACAUUUUUCUGCUUCACCAACCUAAUGGCUGAGAUCCGGGACAACUUCAUUAAGAGCCUGGAUGAUUCUCAGUGUGGCAUCACUUACAAGAUGGAGAAGGUUUACUCCACCCUGAAGGAGAAGGAUGUGGAGCUGUACUUGAAACUGCAAGAGCAGAACAUCAAGCCCCAAUUCUUCGCCUUCCGUUGGCUGACGCUGCUGCUGUCCCAAGAGUUCCUGUUGCCAGAUGUCAUCCGUAUCUGGGAUUCUCUCUUUGCCGAUGACAACCGCUUUGAUUUUCUAUUGCUUGUCUGUUGCGCCAUGUUGACACUAAUCCGAGAUCAAUUACUGGAAGGGGACUUCACUCUGAACAUGAGGCUGCUACAGGAUUAUCCCAUCUCUGAUGUACACCUGAUUCUGAAGAAAGCGAAGGAGCUUCAGGACUCCAAAUAGUCCAUAGGCCUGGCAGUGUGCAUGAGAGAAACUGUGCAGUAGUGUAUCCUAGGAGACUCCUUCCUAUAUGUGGUGCGUCGUCAGAGCUCCUACAAUCUCUGCUGGGCAUUUGGUUUUGUGUUCCAGUAAUUGGCCUUCUUGAAGACUUCCUUCUACUCUAUUAGGUCAAGGACUGCCUAUUUCCCCAGCUAGUCAGGUCCUGCACUCCAGGUUUUCCUAAUCUCAAACAACUCCACACUGCCUGAGCAGUGCUUUGUAUUUUUUUAAUGACUAAGUUUGGGAAGAUGGAAAUUGUUUAGCUACAUAUCUCUUGAAGUCUUAUGAAAUGAACUUUUGUGAUCAUAGCAUUAUGGAAGCAUGUGCUCGUGCACAGGAACUUCUGCAUUAGGGGAAGGGACAGGCUGGGACCAGUGGGAUUUCGGUGAGUAUAGAGAGAAGAACGUCUCCAUGUAAAUACAACAUGUCACUUUGAUGUCCUGCAUCCGGCUGGUUUGAGUAGCUGCUGGAUUUUGUUCCUUUCUGUCUGCAUCUUCUCAUCUCUUUUGGGUGCACAAAAAAAGUCCAGUUUCCUCCUGGUGGGUGGCAGAUGUGGAUUCAAAACAGCAGAGUCUCUUCCAUGGGAAAGAGACUUUAAAAAGCUGGGAUGGGAGAAUGCUAUUGCCGCUGGCUGCUUUGUGCAGUGAGAUUAUUUGCUCUCCAGUAGAGUCUGCCCCAGGAUUGCCUUAUCAAGGAGUUGUCUCCUUGGUGCUGAGUUUACUUGGAAGUUGGAACUAGAUAUGUGGUUUUAAUCAGUGUAGUUCAAAGAAGCCUUAUAUUACUCACAGCCUUAGAGCAGGGUCCCUGCUGCUGCUGAGACUGCUCGUCUGGAGCUGUGUUCAAUGCCGCUUCUAUGGAUCGUGCUUCACCCUAAUUCAAAGGCAGGAUAUCUAACUUCAAGCAGGCUCAUGAAGUACAAGGGAAAGGCCUCCAGUCCCGUGCUGCAAACAUAGGUGUCUUCAGAGGAGACUUAUUAACAGGGAUAAUAAUGGUUUUGCUCUUAAACUGUUUUUGCAUAAUAUUACCCAGAACACUCCAAGCCUUCUAUCUAAACCUGGAUAAGCUCUAGUCACGUAAUCUUCGCGUUGUCCUGUGGUACUCUUUGCUGGGAAGUGACUCAAACUCACAGAUCAGAUUAACAUCAAGCCAAUCUCUGGAUGUGAUCUACUGGAGCAAUUCAGUGGGAAUACCUGGUCCCUUGCGAGAGUCCCCUUCCCUAUGGGCAGUUCCUAAAGGAGGGAGAGCCAUGUGCUGUGGGGACAGUAAUACAGAGGGGGAUAUUUAUUAAUGUACUCCAUUCAGAUACAAAGGAUCCGGCCAGGUCUGCAUAAAUUGAGAUUAGUAUAGGGUAACCUGUAGCCUGCAAAUAGUGUUGGAAUGAUCGGAACUCCUGACCCACAUUUCGAGUCAGGGUGAUGGCUAUGGAAGAAACUUGAGUAGCUGAAUAUUCCAGCUGUUGCAAGAGCUCCCAAGCAAACGCUAACCGGAGGUGCUUUACUCUCCCCGUUAGUGAAGUGCUGGAUUGUCUCUGCAUAGCUGUCAAUGUGGGGACUGUUCUGUAUUUAUUUAAGUGUUUUGCAUUAUGUCUCUUUUAUUAGAGGUCAAUUUUUGUGCUUUCUCAGAGGUCUGCUCACCCUGCUGAUGAGACCUGGUAGCAGACUAGCCAUAAUUGUACCAUAACUGGGGGGGUUGGCAGCCUUCAGAUGUCUGGUUCAUGCUGUGUUCCAACUCCUAAAGACUGGUCAAAGUUCUGUGUAGCUUAGUGAAUUUCUAGAGGGAGAGUUUAUCUUGAUGUUGGUGUUGGGGCUGUUAGCCGCUCUGAUAGUGCCUGACAUUUUUACUCUCGUACGCCUGUGCUGCUUCGGAGUAGCAGUUUCUGUGAACCAGAAUAAAUGUGCUAGUAAAAAGGAUGCAGCAGUGUCUUUCUGCUUGGAGGUGGAAUUUUAAACAAAGUGGUUGGUGGCCCUUUUACUGAAAUCCUUCCUAUGGGAUAGACUCUUUCCCAUAAGAAACGGGGCGGUUGAGAGAAUACCAUGGCUCUCACAGUUUACGAGCAACGAUGGCUGCUCCCCAUGCCUUUUAAUCACUGUCUCUCUGUUGGGCAGCGGCUGGUCCAAGAGACCAUGUGAUCCAUCUACGGAGCUCCCCUGUGCUAGAGAGAGGCCAGUACUAACUAGCCUUUUGUAAUUGUAAAGACUGUUGCUGCACACAGACAUCGAACGAGAUGAUCAGCUCUGGAAUCAUUGAGGCUUGCCUGAAUAAGGACUGUAGGAUUGAACCCCAAAAGUGGAAAACUUAUCCAAAAUGCUCUGGCCUCAGAACUGCACAAGAUGUCCUCCAUUAAAAGUGUUCCCCCCGCCCCAAUCAUUUAUUUAUCUGAAGCUUACACAUGGUCUUUUGUAAUGUUUCAUGGUACCUGGGGUGUGUGGAUCACACUUGCCUUAAAAGGAAUCCACCCCAUCCCCAUCCCUCCCUCCCCCCAGGCAUGUCAAUAUGGUGAUAGUCAUGGAAUGUAACUUGUUUCUUUUAAUAGUAGAUGAAUAAUGGUGGUAGUCAGAAGAGAAAAAUCUUUAAUACACUCUGAAAUGCUAUGUAGGUUUCUUUACAAUACAUUCAUUUGCGAUAUCAUAAAUUAGGUCUAAAAGUUAAACUUGUGGGAAGAUUGUUUUUCAAUGCAUGUGUUAAAUAGAAACCUUUUACAACUGUAGGGGAAGUGAGAAUUUAUUAAGUUUCCUCUUUGGAUUUAAAUAUUCCCCUGCUGUGUCUGCAACUCAAAUGUUGCAGCACUUUGUUGGUGUAUGAGAACUUGAAAAGGACUUUGACUAUCCUCUCUGCUUAUUCAUUCUGAAGGAAGUGAAGAAAGCAGAUGAGUGGUGAAGAGUUGAUCUGUUAAAAAUUUCAGAUGGUUGUCAAGGAAAUGUCUUUUAAACCUGACCACGUCCUUUUUAAAGAAGGGAACUAAAAAAAAUCAAAUGGUAACCUGGUUUAGGGCCAAAGCCAACUUCUGCUGAAAUCAAUCGAGUCUUCCUGUUGGGAGCUGGAUCAGAUGUUUAAGGAACAGCACCACAGACAUGAGUGAAGAGGCCUGGAACUGAUUCAGUUGUGUAGCCUUCUGCGUUGCUGUAUGAGAUACUUGAUUUUGGGUCUUGCUGCUGUCUUCAAUCUCCCAGCUGGCUGGGAUGCACUGCUUAGGACCGUGUUGUAGAGUCACCACACAAAUCCUGUCCAUCCUUCUUAAGGAGCGACGAGUGGUGCUAAAUGGAAAUCUCUGGAUUGGGGUGGUGGCUGUAACUGAGGAUGAGAACGGAGAGCCUCACCUUUCAGUAAAGGGUUACAAAUGGCACCCCAGCAGAAAACAAAUGGCAGAGAUGCACCUUAGAUGUCUCCCUCAGAAGAAGCUUGUGGCUGUCAGCCCAGACUCCUUAGUUUUUGCUGCUCGUUUUGAUUAAACUCCAUUUUUGGGGGUCUCCUCCUCUUUGAACAUCAUAGGGCUAGAAGGUUUUAUUUAUGAUGGCUUAGUGAGUUGGAGCUGAACGUCUGUAAAUGAAGGAGAGGUUCUCUAGUUGACAGUGAAACAAAAUGUGUGACAGCAUAGAAGAUGUGGGGAGGAGAAUGAGGGGAGCUCCCAUUGUAGUUCCCAAAGUCAAGACUAGAGAAUGUGUAACACAUUCUGAUACAAUUUGUGAGGCUGUUUGUUUCCUACUUGAAAAGGCCUCUCUUCAUUAGUAACCUAGAUCCCUUAUUAUUCUUUAAAACUGUGGGCGGUGAAGGGUUUGCUGUGUUGAUAUUUGAAGGGAGGGAGGCUGUUUAAAGGACUCAUUAAUUUUUUCCAGUGGUACUCUGAGGUUAUAAAAACAGCUGACUCAUUGUAGUAUGGGGCUUAUUGUCCGCUUUAUGGAGCCAACAAACACUAUUAGUUGGGAGGAAAAAAUUUCACUGGGAACCUAUGGCAGCCCUUCUGAUUAGUUACCCUAACCCUCAUUCCUCAAAUCAUUUUAAAGCUGGACAGUAUUAACUAGCCCAUUGUCUGGUAUCUUUGUGCAUAUAGUGGCUGCCACAGACCUAUGGGAUAGGAGAAAUCUGAGGUGGGAUUCAUGUCUCCAUAGCCUUUUCUGUGACAGGAGCAGCUGUAAGAAUUUUAAUGCAUAAUUGCUCUUUCUUGAAGUGCUGGGGUGUGUGUGUGGGGGGGAGCCAAAUACACAGGUGGAAAUUUAAAUACCUUAAUCACUGAAUUCAUUAGCUGCUCACUGUAUACAAAUAACUCGUCAAGAGCAGGAUCAUUACCACUUUGGUUGAAGCUUUUCUCCAUCAGGAGGAAAGGCAGGAAACUAAGCUGGAUGGUUCAAGAGAUGGGGAUUGGUCAUAAGGGAGAAGGCCAGCACCCUGUGCCCUCAUACCCUCUCCCUGGAAUCUUGUAGCCUUCGUAACUGGGAGGAAAUGGGAUAGCAGAGUAUAAUCCUGAGGUUGGUCAUCUUUGUCAGGGAAAGGUGGAACUGUUUUUUUCAAAGCAAGUGUUGUUGGCUAGAUUAACUUGUCGCUGGAGUUUAGAGGUCCAAGCUUGAAUUAUUUACAGCUCAGCAAUGGGUGGAGUGAAAGUCAGAAGCUGCUAUAGGUAGCACAGUGGUAUUCAGGAGUACAAGGGCUGUUGCUCCUUUUAACUGAGUAUUUGGUGACUUUUUGUAUGUUUUAGCCAUUUAGAACUUUUUUCUAAAAUGCCCUUUUGCAAAAGGGCAAAUCUGGUGAUUUAUACAAGUUCAUUUUUUUUCCCUUUUGGCUGUUUAAAAAAACAACACACACCUCUCCAAAAAGGUAUGGAGAACACAUCUGUAUGUCAUGCUUUUUCCAGUGUUUAAAGUGCUUUUUUUAAACACUAUUGAUUUUUGAUGAAGUUCCCUUCAGCUAAACAGAGGGUUUUGUAAUGAUGUUAUCUGCUAUCCAUAACAAUAUGAGACUCCCCCUAGCCACAGACUGCUCAGAGUUAAAGCUGCUACAUGUGAUAUAUUACAGUAUUUCUAAAUGCCCUCUUCUAUAGUAACUGUGAGGGACGAAACAACAUGUGCUAGUUUGAUGUCAGUAGAACUAAUCUCAGUCCACUGUAUUCUGGGAGUCUGUCAGUAGCACAGGGUUCUGCAUGUAUAAGCUAAAUCUACCCACCACCACUGCCUUAUUCUUUUUCUUAGCAAGAUUAUCCUAUUUGGCUUGUUACUCUGAGCCUUCCUCUAUCUAUUUCUGCAGUACGAUGGUAUCUAGUGGGAUAGGGAGUGGUGGUGGUGUGUUAAAGGAGGUGGUCCAAACUUGAAUUCACAAGGCCCAGAGUGUAUCCUCUGAUUUAUCUACAGGGAAUAUGCUUAGCAGGGAACAAGCAUUUGUAGAGAAAGCUGUUGCUUGGCAAUAUUUCGGAGGCUGCACAAAUGUUCCUAAUGGGAAGGCCUGCUUGGACCAUAUUAGCUGCUGAGGGUCACUGACUUUGCAGUACAGAUCUAAGCAUCACUGUACAAGCCUGGACAGGUAGAAGCGAAAGUUGUUUUUCUGUUCCCCACCCCGAACCCCCAGGACAGUUGCCACAAAUCCAGUGGAAGGAACAUGCUGGUACCUCUAACUGAAGAAGGGAACAAAAGAUCCCUGAUAUACAAUGCCAUAUUGAAGGCUAGGAGGUGGAUCCUUUACAACACAAAACUGGUCUUGCUGUUUAUUACCUUUGCUUUUUAUUUCUAUAACUUCUCCCAUGAACUACAAUUAUCCAUCUGUAAUGUCUGUAAUUCUUUUUUUCCAUAAAUGCUGUUUUGUUGAUUUGUCAUAAUAAAUAUUUUUCUUUGCAAAUACUGA